AUGUGUCCAAAGUCUUCAUCCCCAUUUGAAGAAGCCCCACACUUCACAAGAUUGAGAAGUAUAGCAAUGACAACUUGUUUGAUGAUGCAAGAAAAAAAGCUGAAAGAUUAUUUUGGAGAAAAGCAGUUUAGCCUUCCCUAUAAGGCCAGUGUCUAUGAAUUCUCUAGUGAAAGUUUGCUUCAGAGAUGCUCUAAACAAGGACCCACUAUAACAGUGAUUUAUAGUGAAGAUCACAUUGUUGGGGCAUAUGUGCAAAAGAGCUACCCAGAAGACUAUUUCAUUAUCCUUUUUGCCUUUCAAGAGACUGCAAUUUCAGAAUGCAAAAUAGGGCCAUGUCAACUAUCUAUGUUGUUUUGUGAAAGUGAUAGAAAUUCUGAAUUCAAUAUAAAACUAGAGAAAAAAGAGGUGGCUAUUAGCAUAAAUACAAUGGACAAACUUGGACUACCUCAAUGUUGUAUUUCCUUCCAGGAAUGUGAAGUUUUUCAAUGUGAAGAUUUAUUGGACAAAAGGAAGAUGGAUGGGAUCACUGAGCUCAAGUAGAGCUUAUUGUCUGCUAUAAGAACUUCUGAACCAUAUGGAGGACUGGUUCACCAAAUACGAAUUCUGCUUUUGGGUCCAAUUGGAGCCGGGAAGUCUAGCUUUUUCACCUCAGUGAAGUCUGUUUUCUGAGGCCAUGUAACAAACCAGGCUUUGGUGGGGUCUAAGACAACCGAGGCAUCUGAAAAGUACAGAACAUAUUUCAUUAAGGAUUGGAAGGAUGGCAACACCCUGCCAUUCAUUCUGUGUGACUCAAUGAGGCUGAGUGAGAAAGAAGAAGAGCUGUGCAUGGAUGACAUACCCUAUAUCUUAGAAGGCUAAAUUCCUGACAGAUACCAGCAACCCAAGCUGACUAAGACAUGUGGUUUUCAUCUUUAUGUUCUCAAGAUGUUCAUGCUAAGCACUGUCGGUAUUCCAGCGGAAGGGCAGCCCCACGGUAAACGGUGCGGGGAAGACGGCACACCCCACAGCCCACGCGGCUCCACCGCGCACCAGCCUGACCAAAAACCCAGCUGUGCACACCAAGCCCUUCCUGGGUCGCACGAAGACGGGCCCCCGCAGCCGUCAGUCGCCCCCAGGAAGCUUCUCCCCUCUUUUCCUCGCUGUCUCCUCACCUUUUCUCCGGCGUCGCCUGCGUCCUCAGGAAACCCAGCUCCCGUCAGCGUGGACGCAGCCCCACGUUAUCCUGAAGCCGAAACCCCAGCGUGUCCUGAGGAGACCGAGAGCCCGCCGGUAGCCACAGCACGGCUGUGCCUGAGGAGACACAACUGCCCUCAGCCACGCUCAGGGCCGGGUCCCGCAAAGUUCUUGAAGAAAUCCCUUUAUGGGGCCAGAUCUCUGUCUCCACAUUCUCCAACAGGACAACUAGAGGCAGUUCACAGAGAACUUGGAUGUUCUUCUGACCGCUUUGUGGUUAGUAAUUAUACCUCAGAGUGGGAACUGGAGCCUGUCAUGGACGUUCUGAACCUCUCUGCAUUGAGACAGAUGCUGUGGGCUGCAGAUGACUUCUUAGAGGAUUUGCCUCUUGAGGAAACAAGUAGAUGUUUUUGA